UCCCUUGGGGGCACUUUUGGGGCAGGGCUCGGGCUCACCUGGGGCCGGAGCUGGCCCUGGGGGAGAGGAGCUGGCACGGAGGAAAGCUGCUGGGCAAGGGCUGCAGUGUGCUUGGCAGGAGCGGCCGCUUUGCAGCCGAAUGUCUCUGCCGUGCCAGGAUGAGUCACGCUGUGCAGGAGACGGGGAAGGUGUCCCCUGGGGGGACGAGGAGAGGCCACAGCUACCCCCUUGUGCCCCCCACUCCAGCAGUAGCUGGGGGCUGGCGAGGCGUGCCGCUUGCCGCCGCGAUGUCCUGCCGCUGCCUGGGUGUCUCCCCUCGGUGUCUUACGGGGUCUCACCUCCGUCCCCACCUCUGCCAGCAGGGCCAUCACCCCGGGACUUGUCCCACGGGGAUCUGUCCUGCCCUCUGUCCUGCUCACAGUGCCUCGAGUACCCCAGGAGCCGGCAGCGAGAGCGGGGCUGCUGCAGGGAGCGAGCGAGGAAAGCCUCGGGCACAGAAGGGCCGCCGAAGACGCCAGGAGGUGGUGGGGACGUGCGGGUCCCCCGGGGCUCCUCCUUGCGUCCCCCAGCUCGCCACCGGGCGCCCCGUGACCGCCGGGGGAGAUGCCGGGGCUGAUCAACCGCAGCAGCCGGCGCCCGCUGCCGCUCACCGCCUCCGAGGUGACCUCGUGCGUCAGCGGCUACGCCUGCGGGACGACGGCCUCGCUCACCUACCGCAACCCGGAGGCGCAGCCGUGCGAAGGGCUCUUCGUCUUCCCCCUGGACGAGCACACGACCGUGGUUGGGUUCGAGGCGGCGGUGUCCCGGCGCGCCGUCACCGUGCAGAUCAAGGACAAGGCCAAGAUCGACGCCGCCUAUUUCGACGGCUGCGGCCUCCCCGACGGGCGAGCUCACGACAGGAGCGGAAGGAUUGUGAUGGACGAGGACUUGGAGAGGAUUGCUUUUGUGGCUAGCCUGGGCACAAUUCCUCCCCUGGAAAGCAUCUCCGUCUUCAUCAGCACCUCCUCGGAGCUGCAGACGCUGCCCAGCGGGGCCGUGAGGGUCCUCCUGCCAGCCGUGUGUGUCCCCAGGGUGCCACAGCCCAGCUCGGAGAGCACCGGCACCCUUCCUGGCCACCAGCUCCGGACAGCCAAGCCCUGCUGCGGAUCGGGGAGCCCGGAGCAGGGCAGCAGCUUCUGCCUGGCCCAGCUGCUGGAGAGCGAGGCCACCAACCCCUCCGAGUACGAGUUCAGCUUCCACCUGGAGAUCCGGGGGCCGUGCUUGCUGGCAGGAGUCGAGAGCCCCACGCACAAGAUCCGUGCGGACGCCGACCCCUCGGCUCGCUCGGCGAGGAGCAUCGUCAUCACGCUGGCCGACAAGCACACCUUCGACAGGCCCGUGGAGAUCCUGAUCCACCCCAGCGAGCCCCACAUGCCUCACGUCUUAAUGGAAGAAGGCGAUAUGACGCCGGCGGAGUACGAACGACACCUGAAGGGGAAGAACGAUUUCAUUAAAGGCACCAAGAAGGACCCCAGCGCCGAGAAAAAGACAGAAAUCAUCAGGAGGCGCCUGAACAAGGACAUCCCCCACCACCCUGUGGUCAUGCUGAACUUCUGCCCGGACCUGCGGACGGCCCGGGCGGACCUCCGCAAAGCCCCCGGCGAGUUUAUCUUCCUGGUCGACCGCAGCAGGAGCAUGAGCGGCGUGAGCAUCGACCGCGUCAAGGACGCCCUCUUGGUCCUCCUCAAGAGCCUGAUGCCCGCGUGCCUCUUCAACAUCGUUGGCUUCGGCUCCACUUUCAAGACGCUGUUCCCUGCCAGCAGGAGCUACUGCGAGGAGAGCCUGGCCGUCGCCUGCGAGAGCAUCAGGAGGAUCCGGGCUGACAUGGGGGGCACCAACAUCUUGUCACCCCUGAAGUGGGUGGUGCGGCAGCCGAUCCCCAGGGGCCACCCCCGGCUGCUCUUCCUGCUGACGGACGGGGCCGUGGGCGACACGGGGAAGGUCCUCGAGGUGCUGAGGAACCACUCCUCCUCCACCAGGUGCUACAGCUUCGGCAUCGGGCCCAACGCCUGCAGGAGGCUGGUGCAGGGGCUGGCCGCCGUGUCCAGGGGCACCGCCGAGUUCCUGGCCGAGGGCGAGCGGCUGCAGCCCAAGAUGAUCAGGUCGCUGAAGAAGGCGAUGGCGCCGGUCCUGAGCGACGUGUCCGUGGAGUGGGUCUUUCCCGAAAGCACCGAGGUCUUGGUCUCCCCGCUCAGCACCAGCUGCCUCUUCCCCGGUGACCGCCUGGUCGGGUACGGCGUGGUCUGCGACACCUCGCUGUGCCUCUCCACCCCCCGAUCGGACAAGAGGCGGCGGUACAGCAUGAUGCGCUCCCAGGAGUCAAGCAGCUCCGUUUUCUUGCACUCCCAAGAAGAGGGAGCCAGCGCAGAGAGCUGGAGCUACCCGGAGGGGUGCUGCCCAGCCGAGCGCGCCCCGGAUCAGCUGGCGGUGGGCAGGGAUCCCGGCGGAGAAUCGGACACAGACACCGGAACGGAUGCCAAGGCGUCCUCCAGGAGACGGGCGUACAGUGCCAGCCAGGUGGCCAACCACGAGCCCCUCCGGAAGGAGCCCACGGCCAGCGAUCCGGGCAGCGCCCUGCUGCGGAAUCCCCUGCGCAAAGCCCACCUGCAGGACCUGCAGCAGCUCAGCCCCGAGCCGUGCCCGGUGGAUUUCCAGCCCUUCGCCGCCAGCCUGCGCUCCCCCACCACCAGGAUCCGCGGCGCGGGUGCCCGCCGGCCGUCCCUGCUGCACGGGAGCUGCGUGUCCUCCUGCCCGCGCCCCGAAUCCUUGCCAGCACCCGAGGCUGCUCCCGGACGGGGCUUGGGGCUGCUGGAUGCCAGCGGCAGCCUGAGGUCCUCAUCCGACAGCCGAAGCCCCGUGGAGCCGGAAGGCGCCCAGCAUCCGUCCUUCGCGUUCGAGACGGAGACCUCCUCCGACUGGGAGCCCCAGGACUGGGAUUUCGGCGCCGCCCGGGGCUCCCCGUGCUCGCCCCGUGCCACCUGCAAGGCGGUGGUGAAGGGGCUGCGGGGCAGCGAGCCCCUGCAGUGGGAGGUCGCCUUCGACAUCCGCCCGCUCCUCCGAGAGCGGGGCAGCCGGGAGGAGGGCACCGAGGACCUGUGGAGCGAGACCUUCCACCACCUGGCAGCCAAGUCCGUCAUCCGGGACUUGGAGCAGCUCGCUGAGAGGGAGUGUGAAAUCGAGCACGGGUCGGGCCGGCGGUACCAGCUCAACGCUGUCCACACCAGCAAGGCCUGCAACGUCAUCAGCAAGUACACGGCGUUCGUGCCGGUGGAGCUGAGCACCAGCACCUACCUGCCCCCCUGCGUCGCCUACGCCCGCGCGGGGCAAGCGGCCAGGCAAGGCAGCCCGAGGAGCCUCAGCUCGGGGCACCGGAGGCACCGCGGCUUUUCUGCGGCGCGUCCCCUGUCACCCUGCGGCCAGGACGGAGAUGAUGGAUUUCAUGGCACGGAUGCGGACGAGGCCGGGCCGUCGCCCUGCAGCACCCCGCCGUCCUCGGGCUGCCGUCCCCCAGAAGCGCCGUUCCAGAGCCUGGCUGCCUCUUCUGCACAUUCCCCAAAACCCAUCGAGAGCCUCUUUGCCGCGAGGCUGACCCUCCACAAAACCAGGCUGCUGACUCGAGCUGCCAAAGGUUUCAUGAGCAAAUCCCCGGGCAGAACGAGCGAAGCCAGCUCAGAGAGCGACAGCGAGAGCAUCGACUACCUUCCUCUGGCGUCACUGCAGCUGGCCUGCGGUGCCUUCCUCCUGAACUCGGCCUUCUGCGAGGCGCUCGGCAUCCCCAUGGAGAAGCUGAAGCGCACGUCGCCUUUCUCCUGCCACCGCCUGGCGCUCAGCCCCUCGAGCUCCGGCAGCGCCAGGAAGGCCGUGCCCGGCGGGGAGCACCCAAACCUCGGGCAGGACGGGCAGCUCCUGGUCCCCGACGGCACCCGCGGAGCCGUCAGCCCCACCGAGGACCCGGCCGGCCGCCCCCGCCACUUCUCGGGGAGCGCCGUGGAGAGCGUCUCCAAAGCCCUGCGAGCCGAGAGCGAGCUCUCCCCGCCGGCCAUCACCGUCCGCCGCUUCUCCUCCCCGGAGCAGCACGGCCCCGAGGUCCAGGCGCUGCUGGCUGACAUCGAGCUGAGGCGGCAGACGGAGCCCGAGGGGAUGCUGUGGGCCACGGCCGUGGCGCUGGCCUGGCUGGAGCACAGCUCGGCGUCCUACUUCGUCGAGUGGGAGCUGGUGGCAGCCAAGGCCAGCCUGUGGCUGCAGGAGCAGCGCUUCCCGCACGGCUGCAGCCUGGCCGCGGUGAAGGCGGCGGCCCAGCAGCUCUUUGUCUUGCUCAGGCACUGGGAGGAGAACCUGGAGUUCAACCUGCUGUGCUACAACCCCAGCAGCGUGUGAGGGGCCGGGGGGAGGACAAGAAGAGAGGCUUUGGGCAGCGGGACGGGGACCCGUCCUCAGGGGAGCAGCCGACGCUGUGCCUUAGGAGCUGAAGGUGCAGAGCGCGGCCCCCCCUCGGCACCCGGCGCCGAGCAGGAAUGCCCUGCGUGAAAACAGCAAAAGGAAAUUUAAUUCCCUGCUCAAACGCCAAAACUUCCCAUCCUCCGUUCCACACGGGAGCCUGCUGUGUCCUCCUGGGGGGGCUCUGCCCCCCCCAGCCACGAGCGACACCUCCCUGUCUCCGCUCCUUUCCUUCCCUGCCGCUGAGAGCACGUUUUCCAGCCCAAAGCUCACUUGUUACUAGAAGUCGGUGGCCUCCCCAACUUCCGUGCAGCUUCCAGGCGUUAUUAUUUAUUUAUUUACUUAUUUCCCUUUAGCUUUCCGCUGGGGAAAGGCCCUGGUUCUGUUUCGGCUGCGCUGGUUUUGUCUGGGGGGGGGAGGUUUGGGCUUGG